UAGCUGAGGUGGCUGUACAUGCUUUCAUCGUUAUUACUGUUCAGUUGAGUUUGUUCCCCGUUUCUUCGUCAACUAACUCAUGGAAAACCCUUAUUUCAGGUAUUGUUCGUAACAGUACAACACGUGACCCCCGUGAUAAUAAAACUAACGUAUAAUAAUAAGCCAAUGCAAUACUGUAAAUAAAUGAAUAGUGGUUUUUGUCUUAAAAUAGUAUUUUCCCGAUGUAAAAUAGAAGAAAAAGCGAAAGGUAGGUCUUGCCCUCAACAAACAUGGCGGCGGACAGCUUCACUUCCUGAACAACGCAGCAACGACGCUCUUCGACGCGGAGUGAAGCCUCCUUGCCCCUAGUAUCUUUAACCUCUGAACCUCCGAGUGUGCCAGUCCUCCGCCAUAUUGACUGUUGUCUUCACUGGAGGAGAUAAAGAACGUUUUCGGGUCCGAGAAGAAACGAAAGUGCGCCCGUCGAACCUUCGAAACUGGUGCAAACUUGGCCAAAGCGCAUCGCGAGCACCGACRCAAUGGCGAGGAAGAAAAGCAAGCAGCAGGCGGCCGUCCAGAAGCCGGAGCUGGUGCCCGGACAGCAGAGCGCAGCGAAGAGCCCCGAUGCAGCUGGCGGCGGCGGCGGCGGAGAUGCUGAGCUGGAUAGACUGGCCAACACCAGGGCGAACCAGCCCAUGCACACCUGCUGCCUCCUGUGCCACCGAGAGUUCAAGGACUGGGGAGCGGGCUCCGUGAACGGCCUCCCCGUGGGCCACGGGACGAAGCUGGCCGACGCCGUGCCCGCGCUCUCCCAGGCCUUACUGCGGGAGGCGCCGGGGCGAAAGCUGGCCGACGCCGUGCCCUCGCUGUCCCAGUCCCUGCUCGGAGAGGUGCCUCUGUGGAUCUGUCAGAGCUGCUGUAAGAGCGUGGAGGAGGAGGAGCGGCGGAGCUCGCAGGAGCAGCCCGCAUCGGUACCAUUGUCACACUCUUCCUCCUGUAAGUCCCAAAGCUGUGGGAAUGGUUACCCGGAGCAAAGCGCUGUGGACUGGGACCCGAGUUCCUUCCUGUCAGCUCACAAACUGUCAGGUCUCUGGAACUCGGCCCACACCAACGGAGGAGAGCACUGCAACCACAACACUUCUUCGCACUCACAAGGGGGAACAGCAGGAACAGCCUUUCACGAGAAAAGAGGACUUCAUGAAGCGCCUGGGAAGUCCGCAAAAACGUCAGCGUCCAAAGUCUGUCCCUACAGUCACCCGUCGUCCCAGAACUCCAGUGGGUCKUCUGCUGGGAACUCCCUGUCUACCUCCACAGACCUUUGUAAGACCACUCCCAAGCACUUCAAGACCAUGUGCCGUCGACCAACGCCGCCAGGUGAAGCCUUUCAUCCAAACGACCACCAUCAACACACAGACUUAUCCGUACCCCCCAACAGCCCAACCGGCCUUUCGUCGCAGCAUUCCUCCCUCCUGCCCCCGAAGCCGAGCUCCGGGCAGCAGCACGGCCACGUGAGCUCCUCCUGCGGCGAGGCGGCUCACGCGUCUUUCCCCCCGCUGGUACCAAAUCUCCACAGCACCGCAGCCAAACUGGGCUCUCCGAGUCCGGACAGCCCCACGUCCGCGCACAAGCCAAACCCGUGCAAAAACUCCCACAUUCCACCUGUGAACACGCAGCAGCACAGCAAGCUGGGAACGCCUCUAAUGGGCUGCAGUCACUCUUGUAACGGACACAGCCAGGGACCAGUGGCCUCGACCAAUGUAGGCCAUCUAACAGCUGGAGCCUGCAGGGAUCAGGCAUGUAAGGGGCAUAAAGUGACAAAUGGGACAUUGUGUCACCCUUCAUCAGAGCUGGAAGAGGGGGAGGAUGAAGACAGCAGCUCUGAAAGGAGCUCCUGUGCCUCCUCUUCUACCAACCAGAAGGACGGGAAGUAUUGCGACUGCUGCUACUGCGAGUUCUUYGGACACAACGCGCCCCCAGCUGCACCGACCAGCCGAAACUACRCUGAGAUCCGGGAGAAGCUUCGCUCGCGCCUAACCCGACGUAAAGAGGAGCCGCCUCAGCGCCAGGAUUCAGAACUGACAGUGGUGGGCGCCAUUGACAACAGGGACGUGGACGAGCUGCUAGACUUCAUUAACAGUUCAGAGCCCAAACCUGUCAACAGCGCCAAAGCUGCCAAACGGGCUCGGCACAAACAAAAGAAGAAGGAGAAAGCUCAGCAGAACAACCUGGGUGCUGCAGGCAGUGAAGCCCAGUCCGAUCCAGCGGACGAGCCCAUGGACGAGCCCAUUCCAGAUGGUCCAGAAACCAGUCGACUGCUUGACUGGCCCCAGCUGGAGCUGGAACGGGUCAACAGUUUCCUCACGAGUCGACUAGAAGAGAUCAAGAACACCAUCAAAGACUCGAUCCGGGCCUCUUUUAGCAUGUACGACCUCAACCUGGACGUCAACGACUUCCCAAAGAAGGCUGCCAUGUUGGAGGGAAACCACUUACUGUCCCACCUGAACGGUUCCUCUGACAUGCAGCCGAUAGACCUGGACCUCUCUCCUCUCUCGCUGGGAACCUUUAAGAGCCACCUGGACCUGGUUAACGGAUGGGAGGACACAAAUGUUGCCUCGUCCCCAAACGCUGCCACCAACACCUCGACGGGUCUCAGUGCCUCUUCAAAGGACGUCCAGCGGUUGCACACUACUACCGGUCGUUCGAAGCUCAUAGGAGUCCGCUCGCCAGAAAGAUGCACUUCCACCGGACCUGAGAGUGUGCCACAGGUGCCGRCUCAAACGGUGGCUAAAUCGAAGGAGGACCCCACCGAUCCCAAGAACACUGCAGCUGGGAAUGGUGGCAUGAAGUCGAAGAAGAAUAAAAAGCAGCAGAGGCAGGAGGCUUCUGUGCCGGAGCAAAGUUCUAACAAAUCRACCAAAGCUGCCUGCGGUAACGAAGCGCAGAAAACCUGCGAGUCUAAAGAAGUGACGUCUAACGGWGCAAAGUCUGGGAACAAACCGCCUCAGCACUCUGCAGACAACCUGAGGAACGGGCCUAAGAAAGCAGAGGAGGGCAGAUCAUCCAAACACGCAACAAAUGCAGCAAACGGUGGCUCCGCGAGCGCACAAAGAGGGAAGUGUGACCCCGAGACACGAGGAGGUCGGGCUGAGCAGGAACCAGAGAGCAAAGCUCAUCCCACCAUCCCAGCCAACGGGCCUCCACAGCAACAACCCAAGGGGAAAAAUAAGAAGAAUAAGAAUAAGGGAGAAAAGUCCAGCAGCGCUAUUGAUGACGUAUUUCUUCCUAAAGAUGUGGAUCCAACAGAAAUGGAUGAGAUCGAUCGGGAAGUCGAAUACUUUAAAAGGUUUUGCCUUGAUUCUGCUAAACAAACUCGCCAGAAGGUAGCAGUAAACUGGUCCAACUUCAGCCUCAAAAAGGUUCCUUCUAAUGCAGCUCAAUGACUUGGGACGAGCGCCGGAGGAAGCAAGAACAACGUCGCACCACAGACUCUUUGAGCAGAGCCCUGUUCAACCCGAAGCCUUCUCUCAUUCCCACUCUCCUACUCCUUUCAAAGCCACGGGACCUCGGUUUGAAACUCGUACUCGGAAAACUGAAACACGGCUUGAUGCUUACGAGCCAGUGAGCAUUUUCAAGACCACCUCUGCCCUUUCGCUGUCACCGCAACGUUCACUUCAACGGAGAUAAAAAAUAAGUCUGUUGAAUCAAAUGCAUCCAUUUGCUUACGUAUGUAGUAUGUAAAYGAUUAUCUUAAAUGAAAUAAAAGGUUUUUAUCAAAAUGUAAAAAAAAUCUGAGACAUUUUACCCUUGUGAAACUGAUCCAAUCAAUUCAAAUUGGUGCUCAUUCAUAUUACGCAAACAAAACACUAUUUAAAAUUGUUUGACACUACACUUGGCAAAAAAAGGUACAUUUUAACCUAAAGACGAGGGGAAAAAAACAUAACUGAGCGACAGUGAUGAGACUCCAGUGGUUUUGAAGUGAAGCGGUUCUAGAUUUUAAUCACGAUCAACAAACGGAAUGGCAAAAGCACCUGCUCAUACUGUAUUAUGGUUUUAUUUUUAAUGGUAUAAAAACAAAGCAUGAGUGUUGAAGCAGUUAAUUUAACAGAGACACUAAUUUACCCGUUAGCACUUACUGAAUUCAUUUUUUUAUGACAUCUAAAUAAAAAUCCAAUGAAGGACCCAUUUGAAUGCAUCCYUGUGCAUGAUGAUGAUGAUGUGUAGGACAGAAAGAUAAAAACUGUCCACUCCCCUCCUGGUCUUGUACUGACAAAGCUUGUGUGUGUUGCUUCAGUGUCGGUUCCUCCUGUGUGGCUUUAGUGAUGGACGGUUAUCUUUAUAUUCAAAACACUUUAGAAGAAAGUCUGUUUCCAUCCUUAGUCUCUAAAACGCUCUUUCAACCCUUGGCAGCAGGUUAACACACUACCGCUUAACCUGUACAGGUAAAUUGAUGGCAUCCUUCUCCUGAACUAAUCUGUCUGAAGCUCUUGUUCUGAUCAUAAUUGCAACCAUCACAGCAGAAACCUUUAGGUUUUUACUCCAGUGUAAAUGUUUUGAGCUGAUGACUUUCAUGAAGAUUGGUCCUUUUUUAUAUAUAUAUAUAUAUACAUAAAAAGAAAAAAGUYUGUGCUGAGAUUUUGUUUUUAAUGUAAUAUCUCUGAUGCUUUACAGGUUAUACUUAAUUAGAAAAGAUUAUCUUAAUGUUUCGAAUGUAGAUUUAUACUAUACAAACAAUAGCCAAAUGUAUGUUGGCUUGUUUCGGUUUUUUAUUCACUUUUUGAUACUGUGAAAAAUCUUUCGUUCGGAAAUAUUAAAACAAUACCGUUUUGGACAAAAUAAAA